AUGCACACAGCGUUGCACAUUGGAGCACAGCUGGGUCAUCAAGAUAUUUUAAAAUUACUGGUUUCUCAUGGGUCAGAUUUAAAUGCUCAAUCAACAAAUUAUCUCACACCUCUUCAUCUAUGUUCUAGGGAAGGAAAUUUAAUGGUUGCUGAAAUUCUUUUAACAUCGGGAGCAAUUAAAGAUGCCUCUUCUAAGGGAUGCCCUCACAGAAUCAGCAAGGGAAGUUUUACCUGUGAAAGAGCAAAGAGGUCAGAAAUAGACAUCAAAGAAAUCACUAGAAAAGGGGCUUGUACCGUUUCUGGAUGCAUAAAAGCUAAAUCCGGUGAAGUAAUCUUAGAGAAAGAAAAAGGACUUGAAAGAUGGACUAAUUAA